AUGGCGCCCGCAAUAUGGUGGGAGGAAAUGGGACAGAGCACGGGAAAAAUCCACGACCGUUUGCAGGCUGAUGCCAUACCUCCUCAGAUAUGGUUUAAAAACCGGCGAGCAAAAUGGCGGAAGCAAAAACGCGAAGAAGAGGCUUUGAAGCGACCUAAUUUCAAAGACCAAGAAGCCAGUUCAAGUGUUGGAUCUGGCGUGGAUACGAGUCGGACUUUGGCCGACCCAGACAAUAUUGACGUGUGUGCUGACGAGGACACGGACAAUAUAUCAGUAAUUGAUGACGACAACAACAGUGCUGAAAACGACAGAAGCCAUAUAUGGACACACGAUAGCUCGGCAAGACUGUCGGUUAACAACAACAGCGUGGACUCCACGUUAAAAAUGCCACGACAAUUAGAGGAUAGCGAUUCCAGCUGUAGUCCUACUAGUUCACCAUGA